AUGACUAAGAGGGAGGCAGAGGAGUUGAUAGAAAUAGAAAUUGAUGGAACUGUGAAGCAGGAAGGCACUGAAGAAAGCAUCGUUGAGCCAACCUACACCACAGCAGAAUUCGUGAGUCAGGCUAUUGACAUCAAUGAACCCAUUGGAAAUCUUAAGAAGCUGCUGGAACCCAGACUGCAGUGUUCCUUGGAUGCACAUGAAAUCUGCCUGCAAGAUAUCCAGCUGGACCCAGAUCGGAGCCUUUUUGAUCAAGGAGUGAAAACAGAUGGAACAGUGCAACUUAGUGUGCAAGUAAUAUCUAGGCAAGGAAUAGAGCCCAAGCUGAACAUCCUUGAAAUUGUAAAGCCUGUGGAGACUGUGGAGGUAGUGAUUGAUCCAGAUGCUCAUCAUGGAGAGGCUGAAGCUCACCUUGUUGAGGAAGCUCAGGUGAUAACCUUGGAUGGAACAAAACAUAUUACAGCAAUUUCAGAUGAAACCUCUGAGCAAGUGACACGAUGGGCUGCGGCACUGGAAGGCUACCGGAAGGAGCAGGAGCGCCUCGGAAUACCUUACGACCCAGUGCAGUGGUCUACAGACCAGGUGCUCCACUGGGUGGUGUGGGUGAUGAAGGAGUUCAGCAUGACUGACAUCGACCUCAAUGCCCUCAGCAUUCCUGGGCGGGAGCUCUGUAGCCUCAGCCAAGAAGACUUCUUCCAGCGUGUCCCACGAGGAGAAAUCCUUUGGAGCCACCUGGAGCUUCUCCGAAAGUAUGUGUUGGCUAGCCAAGAGCAUGCUGGAGAAAUAGCAACUGUUACUAUUGAUCAGCCUGUGCAGAUUAUUCCAGCAUCUGUGCAGCCUGCUACGCCGACCACCAUUAAAGUGAUAAACAGCAGUGCAAAGGCAGCUAAAGUACAGAGAGCUCCAAGGAUCUCUGGAGAAGAUAGGAGUUCCCCUGGGAACAGAACAGGGAACAAUGGCCAGAUUCAGCUGUGGCAGUUUCUGCUAGAACUUCUUACUGAUAAAGAUGCUCGGGACUGUAUUUCUUGGGUUGGUGAUGAAGGAGAGUUUAAAUUGAAUCAACCUGAACUGGUUGCACAGAAAUGGGGACAGCGCAAAAACAAGCCCACAAUGAACUAUGAGAAGCUGAGUAGAGCUUUGAG